AUGGCAUUAGCAGUCAUUGCAAUGAAGAAGUUGUCUCUCUCUUUGGGUUCGGUGUUGUGCUUGGCUUUGACAAGGUUUGCAUUUAUUGAAGCAAUUCAUGAAGGUGCUCGUAUUAAACGUCUUCCUGGUUUUAGCGGAACACUUCCAUCAGAACACUAUUCUGGGUAUGUAGAGGCUGAGAAAGAUAUGCAUCUGUUUUACUAUUUCGUCGUUUCCGAGAGACACCCAAAGACAGAUCCUGUUGUGUUAUGGCUCAAUGGAGGACCUGGAUGUUCUAGUUUUGAUGGAUUUAUCUAUGAACAUGGUCCAUUCAAAUUUAAAGAUGUACUCCCGAGUGAAAGUUCACCGAGAUUGGAUCUCAAUCCCUAUAGUUGGUCCAAGGUUUCAAAUAUUAUUUAUUUGGAUUCUCCUGUGGGUGUUGGAUUAUCUUACUAUAAAGAUGAAACUGAAACCAAGUACAAGAAUGAUGACAAGACAAAUGCUAUUGAUACAUAUAACUUUUUGAUUAAAUGGUUUGAGCUAUACCCAGAAUAUGUGGAAAACCCAUUUUACAUCUCUGGAGAAUCAUAUGCGGGAGUUUAUAUACCAAUUCUUGCUUCAGAAAUAGUGGAAGGAAUCGAUAAUGAUGUUGAACCCAAAAUUAAUUUUCAGGGUUACAUGAUUGGAAAUGGGUUCGUCGCAGAUAAAGCAUUUGAUACCGACGUCUUGAUAUCUUAUACACAUGGCAUGGGACUUAUCUCAGAUGAUCUUUUUGAGGAUAUUCAAUCUACUUGUAAGGGAAAGAAGCUUGAUCGAGAGAAGUGUUUAGAAAACCUCAAGAAGGCUGUCAAUGUAAUUAAUUUGUUCUUGCUACUUUAUUUUUCCUUGCAAUCCUUUCCAAAUAUUGAAAAAAAAAAAAGAAGAUUGGUGUUGGACCAUGGUGGUGUUGUGUCUCGAUGGUCUGAUAGUGAAGGUCGUGCUGAUUGCAUUAAUGAUGAACUUGCAAUUGCAUGGCUAAAUAAUGAAGAAGUAAGAAAAGCUAUUCACACAGAACCGGUUGGCAUAAUUGGAGAGUGGGAGAUGUGCACAAACGAUUUGGAUUAUAAACAAAAUUCUGGCAGUAUGAUUCCGUACCAUAGAAAACUAACAACACGAGGAUAUUCGGUGCUUAUAUACAGUGGAGAUCAUGACCUGGUUGCUCCAUUUACUGGAAGCCAAGCAUGGGUUAGAUCACUUGGAUAUGGCAUAGUUGAUGAAUGGAGGCCAUGGAAAGUUGAUGACCAAGUAGCCGGAUAUAUACAAGGAUACCACCAUAAACUCACAUUCAUGACUAUUAUGGGUGCAGGACAUAGAGUCCCUGAAAGCAAGCCAAAAGAGGCAUUACAUUUCUAUAGCCAUUGGUUGGAAGGAAAGCCAAUAUGA